CAGGAAGUGAUUUUCAUUUUAGCUGUAGCAAUUACGCAUCAGAAAGGACCCUGGAGAAUCGAGGUUGUUUCAUUUGGCAUGCUAUUUCCACUUUCGUUUAUUUUGUUAGAUUUUGCAUAAUUAUGAUCUUCCAAUCAAAAUGUUAGCAUGACAACCGCUAACAGCAGCUCAUAAAAGCUCGCCGCCUGGAAUAGCACAGCAUAGCUACAUGCUAACUAGUUAGCAUAACACAUUGACAGUUAUUUUGCUAGACCGCUGGAGACAGUGGUGCCUAGUGCACUCUAACGAAAAGCAGUGUCUCUUUAUUAGGACUGCAACUGACCAGCCUGGGUUGGGACUCUGCUAAUGCAAAAUGGGGAACCAGCUCGCUGGGAUUGCACCCUCUCAGAUCUUGUCUGUUGACAGCUAUUUCUCAGACAUCCACGACUUUGAAUAUGACAAGAGUUUGGGCAGUACUAGAUUCUUCAAAGUUGCUAGAGCAAAACACAGAGAAGGCCUGGUGGUGGUUAAGGUCUUUGCCAUACAGGACCCUUCCUUGCCACUUACCAGCUACAAGCAAGAGAUAGAGGAGCUUAAAAUCAGACUGGCCUCUUGUCAGAACUGUCUACCCUUCCAGAAAGCUACCCUGACAGAGAAGGCAGCCAUACUUUUCCGCCAGUACGUCCGUGAUAACCUCUACGACCGCAUCAGCACACGGCCAUUUCUGAACAACGUUGAGAAGAGGUGGAUUGCUUUCCAGAUCCUCAAUGCCGUGGACCAGGCCCACAAGUCUGGCGUCCGCCAUGGCGACAUUAAAACUGAGAACGUCAUGGUGACUAGCUGGAACUGGGUGCUGCUGACUGACUUUGCGAGCUUCAAGCCCACAUACCUGCCUGAGGAUAACCCAGCUGACUUCAAUUACUUUUUUGAUACGUCCAGGAGAAGGACAUGUUACAUUGCCCCAGAGAGAUUUGUUGAUGGAAGCAUGUUUGCCACAGAGAGUGAUCAAACCACUCCAUUAGUGGACCUCACCAGUAACAGUCAGAGGACAAGAGGAGAGCUCAAGCAGCCCAUGGAUAUAUUCUCAGCAGGUUGUGUGAUAGCAGAGCUGUUCACAGAGGGUAUACCUCUGUUUGACCUCUCUCAGUUGUUAGCCUACCGCAAAGGACUUUUCCAGACAGAACAAGUUCUUAUGAAAAUUGAGGAUCACUACAUAAGAGAACUGGUGGCACAGAUGGUCCAGCGUGAGCCAGAGAAACGUCUUACAGCUGAAGAGUACUUGAAGCAGCAACGAGGCAAGGCCUUCCCGGAUAUCUUUUACACCUUCCUGCAGCCGUACAUGGCCCAGUUUGCCAAGGAGACCUUCCAGUCCGCGGACGAGCGUGUGCUGGUAAUCCGCAAGGACCUGGAGAACAUCCUGCAGAACCUCUGUGGGAGCAGUGGCAGCGGGUCAGAGAAGGCCGACAGGCAGGAGAAGGCCUCCCUAGAGCUGGGCAACACCAAAGAGCAUGGCCUGGUUAUCCUCGUGUCAGUCAUCACCUCCUGCCUGCAGACACUGCGCUCGUGCGACUCCAAGCUGGCUGCGUUGGAGCUGAUCCUGCACCUGGCCGUGCGGCUGAGCUCGGAGAUCCUGCUGGACCGCAUCACACCCUACCUGCUGCACUUCUGCAAUGACCCAGUGCCCCGUGUGAGGGCCGAGGCUGUGCGCACCCUGGCCAAGGUGCUGGCACUGGUCAAGGAGGUGCCGCGCAACGACGUCAAUAUCUACCCAGAGUACAUCCUGCCUGGCAUCGCACACCUGGCCCAGGACGAAGCCACUAUCGUCAGGCUCGCAUAUGCAGAGAACAUUGCUCAUUUGGCUGAGACAGCAUUGCGCUUCCUGGAGCUGGUGCAGGAGAAUAAUUUAAACGCAGAGCAUGACCUGAACGGUGAGGACGUAGAGGAAACCCUGCACCCAAAUGAAAACUACGACUCAGAGCUCCAGGCCCUGCAUGAGAUGGUGCAACAGAAGGUGGUCACCCUGCUGAGUGACCCCGAAAACAUCGUCAAGCAGACGCUGAUGGAGAAUGGCAUCACACGCCUCUGCGUGUUCUUCGGCCGGCAGAAGGCCAACGACGUGCUGCUCUCUCACAUGAUCACCUUCCUCAACGACAAGAACGAUUGGCACCUGCGAGGAGCCUUCUUUGACAGCAUCGUAGGUGUUGCAGCCUACGUGGGCUGGCAGAGUUCGUCCAUCCUGAAGCCUCUCCUGCAGCAGGGCCUGAGCGAUGCCGAGGAGUUUGUAAUCUAUAAGGCCCUCAACGCCCUCACCUGCAUGUGCCAGCUAGGCCUGCUCCAGAAGCCACACAUCUACGAGUUUGUCUGCGACAUCGCACCUUUCCUGUGCCAUCCCAACCUAUGGAUCCGUUAUGGGGCUGUGGGCUUCAUCACAGUGGUGGCUCAGCACCUGAAUAUAGCUGAUGUCUACUGCAAGCUGAUGCCCCAUCUCACACCUUUCAUCACCCAGCCCAUCAUACAGAUCGACAAGGAGAUCGUGCUCCUGAGCGUGCUGAAGGAGCCGGUGAGUCGCUCCAUCUUCGACUAUGCGCUGCGCUCCAAAGACAUCGGCAGCCUCUUCCGCCACCUGCUGCUGCGGCAGAAGAAGCGCAAUGGCAUGAUCCCCGAGUGCCCCAUCCCUGAAGACCCUGCUAUCGCCCAGCUGCUGAAAAAGCUUCUGUCACAGGGAAUGACUGAGGCUGAAGAAGACAAGCUCCUCGCUCUUAAAGACUUCAUGCUAAAGUCGAACAAAGCCAAGGCCAAUAUUGUGGACCAGAGUCACCUGAGUGACAGCACCCAGAGCGGCAUUAUUGACCUGGGAACGCUGGGCAUCACGGGCCGCCAGGUGGACCUUGUGAAACCUAAACUAGAUUCAGAAGACAAGAGAGCGGAUCUCAUCAAUCCUUCCUCUGCCCGGAAACACACAAAGCAGGACUCCAAUGUGAAUGAGGAGUGGAAGAGCAUGUUUGGAUCCUUGGAACCUCCGACCUCAGCUCCUGCACCACCCACGCUGACCGAGGGCAGCCAGCCCAGGAAGUCCACAGCGCCCCCUGCUGUCCAGGUGGCCCAGUCUGUGGGCGGCACGUCCACGUACCAGCGGCGGCUGACCACGUGCAAGGCGGAGCUGCAGCAGUUGGUGCAGCAGAAGAGGGAGCAGUGCACGGCCGAGCGCAUGGCCAAACAGAUGAUGGAGAGCGCCGAGUGGGAGAGCAGGCCGCCGCCGCCAGGGUGGCACCCCAAAGGCUUGCUGGUGGCUCACCUACAUGAGCACAAGUCCGCUGUGAACCGCAUCCGCGUCUCCGACGAGCACUCCAUCUUUGCCACCUGCUCCAAUGACGGCACUGUCAAGAUCUGGGACAGCCAGAAGAUGGAGGGCAAGACCACUACAACCAGGUCUGUGCUGACCUACUCCCGCAUUGGGGGACACGUGAAAACCCUGACGUUCUGUCAGGGCUCGCAUUACCUGGCUGUCGCCUCAGACAAUGGAUCUAUUCAGCUGCUGGCCAUUGAGGCCAACAAACCCCCCAAAUCGCCAAAGGUGCAACCUUUUCAGACCAGGUUUCUAGACCAAAAGGAUGAUGGUUGUGUGGUGGACGUCCACCAUUUUAACUCGGGGGCUCAGUCGGUGCUGGCGUACGCAACCGUGAACGGAUCCCUGGUGGGCUGGGACCUGCGCAGCAACAGCAACGCCUGGACGCUCCGCCAUGACCUCCGUCUGGGCCUCAUCACCUCCUUUGCUGUGGACAUGCACCAGUGCUGGCUGAGUGUGGGCACAAGUAACGGCACCAUGGCUUGCUGGGACAUGAGGUUCCAGCUGCCCAUAUCUAACCACUCCCACCCGGCACGAGCACGAAUCAGACGGCUGCUCAUGCACCCUCUCUACCAGUCCUCUGUCAUAGCAGCCGUCCAAGGGAACAACGAAGUGUCCAUGUGGGACAUGGAGACGGGAGACAGGAAGUUCACUCUCUGGGCCAGCUCAGCUCCCCCGCUCUCUGAGAUGCAGCCAUCUCCUCACAGUGUUCAUGGGAUCUACUGCAGUCCCGCGGAUGGAAACCCACUGCUGCUGACUGCUGGCUCAGACAUGAGAAUCAGGUUCUGGGACUUGGCCUACCCAGAGAGGUCCUACAUCGUUGCAGGAGGGGCUCAUGACUCGCUUCACUGCCCUUCAGUGUUCUACAAUCGCAAGAUCAUUGAGGGCACAGAAGUGGUUCAGGAAAUCCACAGUAAGCAGAAAAGCGGGUCGACUGAGGACGCCCCUCGCCGAGGCCCCGAAUCGCUUCCCGUCGGUCAUCAUGACAUCAUCACUGACAUCGCCACCUUCCAGACCACUCAGGGCUUCAUCGUCACCUCCUCCAGAGAUGGAAUUGUCAAAGUCUGGAAAUAAGAGUUAGGACGCCAGACGGCCCAUUUUCCAGCUCGCUCUGUCACCUCAGUUAGUGCUGUAGAGGCUACUGUACCUGUACAUAAUGUGUGUAAAGUGAAUUAAUAUAAUGUAAGCUCCUAGGAUCCAUUUAAAAAAAAAAAAUUAAAAAAAACUUUUUGCCAAAAAGUCCAAAUGUUUGCAAUGUGAGCAAUUUCACAACAAUCAUGAAUUGUUAGUGUUACAAAAUGGGGAAAAAAAAUGUCCGCACAUAUUUAAAAUAAUCAGUGUGAAUUGUGAAUGUUAAUGUGUGGCUAUGGAGUUAGAUGUCACUGAAUAUGCAAAACUGCCCUUUUAUUUUGGAGAAUGUUCUUGCUCAGAUUUGCUUAUUUUGGUUAACUGCUUGUGACGAAAUAAUAGUGAAUGUGGCGUUAAUUAGAUUCAUGCUAACCCUUGAAUUGGCCACUUCAGACAGCACCAUCUGAAACCGUAACCUCAAUAUUCUGUAAAUAUGAUUUUCCAAGCACCUACAUAGGUCAUCAUGUCAAUGGUAAAUAAACACCCUGUGAUGGCA